GGUGGGUGUUGAAAUCAGGAGCAAAGCUCCAGGGAAGCUGAGAAUCUUGGAGUCACAGUUGUCCCCUGGUCUGUCUAGCCUGCCCUCCUCUGCCCCCCUCCCCUCCCUCAUUCAAACAAGUGGCUCUCUCAAGGAGUUUCUGGAAGCUGCUGUGAGUCGGGUAGUGGGAUCAGGUGGUGACUGGGUGCUGGAGUCAGGAGUCUCAGAGGCCACGAGGUGGGGGGAUAGAGUUGGCUGACCCUUCAUGGGGUGUGGGCCAGGAAAGUGGCAAAGAAUGAGCUGAGGACCCUGGGCACGGCACCCUUCCCUGGGUGGCCAGGGAGUGGGGAGAUCUGGGGACCCAGUGAGCGGCUAGGGUGCAGCAGGAGUUUGGGGGAUAGCCCCAGUCUCGGGAUCCCUGUCCUGGGCUGGGGACUGCCCCCUCCCGUGGCCUGGCUCCUGAUGCCCGUGCUGCCGGUGAAACGCUGUUGACAUGUCCUGAAUUAUUAAGCACGGGGUGGGCUCCGGAGCACAUGCUGAGUGGAGCGGCUGGGGCUGCGCGGCGUGGCGGAGCAGCGCUCGCUCCCUCGCUCACUCGCUCGCUCGCUCGCUAGCUCGCAGGGACACACGCAGGGGCUGACAGCUGUGCUGGUGCUGAUAAGGGAAGCCACAAGGAGACGAUCGAGGAGAGAGACAAGCGGCAGCAGAGGCAGCAGCGGCAGAGGCAGCACCAGGGCUGCGGAGCUGCUGGGAGUGGGAGUGACUCCCCCACCUCGGGCCCCCACCCUGUCCCUGUCCUCCUCCCGCUUGCCCUGAGUUUAGAAGAGCAGCCGCUGCCACUACCGCCACUCGGGAGGGCACCAGGGCUGCUGGCUAGGGAGGGACAGGGCAGGGAGGCUCUGGCCAGUCCCAGCAGCCGGGGACAGAUGCCGAUCGAGAUUGUGUGCAAAAUCAAAUUUGCUGAGGAGGAUGCGAAACCCAAGGAGAAGGAGGCAGGGGAUGAGCAGAGCCUCCUCGGGGCUGCUCAGGGGGCAGCAGCCCCCCGGGACCUGGCCACCUUUGCCAGCACCAGCACCCUGCAUGGACUGGGCCGGGCCUGUGGUCCAGGCCCCCACGGACUACGCAGAACCCUGUGGGCACUGGCCCUACUCACCUCGCUGGCUGCCUUCCUGUACCAGGCGGCUGGCCUGGCCCGGGGCUACCUGACCCGGCCUCACCUGGUGGCAAUGGACCCCGCUGCCCCAGCCCCAGUGGCAGGCUUCCCGGCUGUCACCCUCUGCAAUAUCAACCGCUUCCGGCAUUCGGCACUCAGCGAUGCCGACAUCUUCCACCUGGCCAAUCUGACAGGGCUGCCCCCCAAAGACCGGGAUGGGCACCGUGCCGCUGGCCUGCGCUACCCGGAGCCUGACAUGGUAGACAUCCUCAACCGCACUGGCCACCAGCUCGCCGACAUGCUCAAGAGCUGCAACUUCAGUGGGCAUCACUGCUCCGCCAGCAACUUCUCUGUGGUCUAUACUCGCUAUGGGAAGUGUUACACCUUCAACGCGGACCCGCGGAGCUCGCUGCCCAGCCGGGCAGGGGGCAUGGGCAGUGGCCUGGAGAUCAUGCUGGACAUCCAGCAGGAGGAGUACCUACCCAUCUGGAGGGAGACAAAUGAGACGUCGUUUGAGGCAGGUAUUCGGGUGCAGAUCCACAGCCAGGAGGAGCCGCCCUACAUCCACCAGCUGGGGUUCGGGGUGUCCCCAGGCUUCCAGACCUUUGUGUCCUGCCAGGAACAGCGGCUGACCUACCUGCCCCAGCCCUGGGGCAACUGCCGCGCGGAGAGUGAGCUCAGGGAGCCUGAGCUUCAGGGCUACUCGGCCUACAGUGUGUCUGCCUGCCGGCUGCGCUGUGAAAAGGAGGCUGUGCUUCAGCGCUGCCACUGCCGGAUGGUGCACAUGCCAGGCAAUGAGACCAUCUGCCCACCAAAUAUCUACAUCGAGUGUGCCGACCACACACUGGAUUCCCUGGGUGGGGGCCCCGAGGGCCCUUGCUUCUGCCCCACACCCUGCAACCUGACGCGCUACGGGAAAGAGAUCUCCAUGGUCAGGAUCCCCAACAGGGGCUCAGCCCGGUACCUGGCGAGGAAGUACAACCGCAAUGAGACCUACAUACGGGAGAACUUCCUGGUCCUAGACGUCUUCUUUGAGGCCCUGACCUCCGAAGCCAUAGAGCAGCGAGCAGCCUAUGGCCUGUCAGCCCUGCUGGGAGACCUCGGGGGACAGAUGGGCUUGUUCAUUGGGGCCAGCAUCCUCACGUUGCUGGAGAUCCUUGACUACAUCUAUGAGGUGUCCUGGGAUCGACUGAAGCGGGUAUGGAGGCGUCCCAAGACCCCCCUGCGGACCUCCACUGGGGGCAUCUCCACUUUGGGGCUUCAGGAGCUGAAGGAACAGAGUCCCUGCCCGAGCCGGGGCCAUGCCGAGGGUGGGGGUGCCAGCAGCCUGCUCCCCAACCAUCACCACCCCCACGGUCCCCCAGGAGGUCUCUUUGAAGAUUUCGCUUGCUAGGAUGGUGCUGUGACUGAAAGGAUCCAGGAGUCUGAGACCCCUCCUGGGAUCCCCAGCACAUUCUCCUCCUGCUCCUGGGAAAGGCCUGGGGGCGGUGCUCACUGGGAGGGCCAGGACUCAGUUCCUGCUCUUAUCCUCCCCUGCCCUGAUGUCAGCUGCUUUGCACAAAGGUCCUUCUUGUCCACACCCCUUACCCCCAGGCUGGUGCCCCGGGAGGGCUGGAAACCAGGCCAUGGGCCCUCAUGGAGAGGAAGGGAAGGAAGGAGAGAGGGAGGGGAGGAUAGAGCUCAUCCCAGCCGGGGAGGGGGAGCCCUCUGUACAUUUGUAUAUAUUUAGGGAAAGCCGGGUGGGGGGAUACAGAUGUAGAAGGUGGGUGGGGCUACACGGGUGGGUGAUUUAGGGACAGCCAGGGUCCCAGCCCUAAUGUCAGCAGGAAAGGGAGAGCCCCAGGACUCAGGAGUGCUGGGCUGGUCCUGCUUCCUGCCCCUCUCCAGGCCCAGCUCCCCUCUUGGCAGGGGGAGAGGAUGGCCCAGCAGGCCUGGCCCAGCUCCCAGUUCCCCCUGCACCAGCCCCACCCCUAGAGUCCCUCCUAUAGGGAGGGGGCAGGAGACCUUCCAGACUUCUGCUGAGCUUGGAGGGUGGGAAGGGAGCCUUCUCAGGCCUCUCUCCCUCCAGUCUGAUUUUGUAAAGUGCUGAUGAGAUUGGGAAUAAAGAGGCAUAAAGAAUUC